AUGCAAGCAUUCAUCAAUCGUCAAAUCCACCUUUGCCUGAUAAUCCUGCAAAAUUCUCAUCAAUUUCUGAGGAACGACACAGGUUUUAUCUUCAAAUCUUCUGUUUUCAAUGCAUCUUUGCCUACAAUUAUAUCCAUUUGGAUUUUUUCUAAAUCAUUUAAGCUUUUAUGUCUCGAAUGUCCAUGCUCAUAUUGAAUUAACUUAUGAGAUGUUUAUAAGGGAGUGAUCUUUAAUUUCAGAAAAAGAAGAAAUGCUUGCUGGAUCACAGCCGACUGCAGAAAAAUGGAUAUAUAUCAAAAUUUCAAGAUUUUUAGCACAAGCUUAGCUAUACGCUUAGGGAUUGUGACGUUAAACUCAUAA